UUUGAAACGAAAUAGCUAAACUACUACUCAUCUAACUCAUCUAUGCUUGGACAGACAUAGGUUGCUAGCUACUGUAGCUAACGCUGGCUGAGCGCAGCGCCAUCCGCUUCUAAGAGCGUUUAACUAGCAUAACUAGCAAGCUAGCGGUUUAUAACGUUGCAGCAAAGACCAGACACUACUGGCGACUCCAAUCCACACAGUUCAAUAAUCCACCUCCACUGUGAUCCAUUCCUCGCAGCCGCCGAAAAAAGCAAGUAACCGACUAACAACUUGCAACGAAACAAACAAAAUGUCUUCUCCGAAACAGCAAAGCUUACUACGGGAGGCUUCACACCAGAUCAUAGCGGGUGGAUCUGCGGGUCUGGUGGAGAUCUGUCUCAUGCACCCUCUGGACGUGGUGAAGACCAGGUUUCAGAUCCAGCAAGGGAAGAGUGACCCCAACAGCUACAAAGGCCUGGGUGACUGCUUCAGAACCAUAUUCCGGAAUGAAGGGGUGUAUGGGUUCUACAAGGGUAUCCUGCCCCCAAUCCUUGCUGAGACCCCAAAGAGAGCAGUUAAGUUUUUCACCUUCGAACAGUACAAGAAGCUUCUUGGUUUAACCCCGUUGUCCCCGGGUCUGGCACUGUCAGUGGCUGGGCUGGGGUCAGGCCUGACUGAGGCAGUAGUGGUCAAUCCGUUUGAGGUGGUCAAAGUCAGCCUCCAGGCUAACAGAGACUCCUUCAAAGUGCAGCCCUCCACCUUUGCACAGGCACGUUACAUCAUCAGGUCAGGGGGCCUGGGCCUGAGGGGUCUGAACAAGGGGCUGACGUCCACCCUGGGGCGUCACGGUGUCUUCAACAUGAUCUACUUUGGCUUCUACUUCAAUGUCAAGGACUCCAUCCCUGCCAGCCAGGACCCAACUUUGGAGUUUCUGCGAAAGUUUGCCAUCGGCCUGACAUCGGGGACCAUCUCCUCCUGUGUGAAUAUCCCCUUUGACGUGGCCAAGAGCCGCAUUCAGGGCCCUCAGCCGGUCCCGGGGGAGAUCAAGUACCGCAGCUGCUUCCAAACCAUGGGCCUGGUCUACUGGGAGGAGGGAUACUUGGCAUUGUACAAAGGACUUGUUCCCAAGAUAAUGAGACUUGGUCCAGGUGGAGCCGUGAUGCUUCUUGUGUAUGAAUAUGUCUCUGACUGGCUACAGAGGAACUGGUGAGGAAGGACUCACCUGUCAAUCCUCCCCCUUUCCCCCUUUCAAUAACAUUCAGGACCCAUGGUCUCAUGAACAACCGUUCUCUAUACUCCAUGCUAGAUCUGUCUAUCUCCUGGCUGGGCCAGUCUAUGUGGAACCUCAUUUCACUGACACUUCAACCAAUCUGCACCACACCACUGUGGACCCCUCCAGUUCACGCAAAUCCCUCCAUACACUCAGCCACAAACCCAGACCCACAUCACCUGUGGACUGCAAAUACAUCCUUCUCUGAAGGUCCGGGAUCGCUUCACCUGACAACACAGUCCCACUGCCCAUACCCCAUUUUUUGCAAUGCAUUUUGGAUUUGAAGUUAAAGCAAAAACAUGUGUGUCCAAAACAGGUGUCAAAUUAGGUGUAUAUUGUAGGCUUGAACUGAACUGAGGAAACUGGAGAAAUUGUCUGUGUUGAUGUGUUUUGACAAAUAUCAUUUUAGAACAGUGUUGUGUUAUGAGUAAAAUCAAAAUAUGUAGAUGAUCACACACAAGCCUUGAAUAUGUAUUUUGUAAGUGGUCUAUGCAUGGCCACUUGGUCUUUCACAACUUCAGCUUUGUCUAUAGAGAAUACAUCAAUAACAGUCAACUCAGGGCAUCUGUGCUAGCAAGACUGUUAGCUGGACCAGUGUCCACCAUGUGUUUGUAUUAUGACUGCCUUUUCCCCUGACAAUUGAUUUGUGAAAUUACUUCUUGUUCCUUGCCUUGACCUAAAGGUUGUUUUGUGCAGUAGCACAGUCCUUUUGUCCAGCUCUCUCCAAGUGAGCUGACACGUCAAGGAAUCAUGAAGCCCUCUGGUUUAGUGUGUCAAUCCCACAAUGCAGUGCCUUACUAUCUGUUUUAUUAAAGCAAGGAUCG